GUGUAACUUUCCAUUAGGUGAGGCAAGCAGGACGUCUGUGGUGCGCCCUCAGGAGUCUGCCUUCAGUUCUCACCGAGCCAACUCAGAAUGGGGAUAUCCACUCGAGAGCUGUUCCUCAACUUCACUAUUGUCCUGAUUACCGUUAUUCUCAUGUGGCUCCUUGUGAGGUCCUAUCAGUACUGAGAAGCCAUGUCACGCUCCUGGGAUUGACUGCAUCUCUCCAGAGCUGCCUGCCGUAUGCCCUGAGCUCCCAUUGCUGUCAUGGGAUGCCUCUCUUGGCACCCCAAGGCACUUCUGACCCGCCCUCACGAUAUCCAAGGUGCCUCCAGUGUUAGGAUCAAUUGUGGGUACUCUAAAGAUGCUGUUCUCAAGGGCUGCUAAGUAUUUGCCAGUGAGCAUUAGAUUUACUCCUCAACUCUUCCUGCAGAUGUGUUAGACAAGCCACAAGGUUAAAAUUAAAUGAUUCACGAUGAUGUAGAAUUGUAACAAGCCCCUGAUCUGUCUUACCCACACAUCCCUUCAACCCACACUGUCUGCAACCAAACUCUAAAUCAACUCACCAGAAGAAAGAAAUGUUAGAGGAAGUCGUUGUCAACCCCUAUAGCUAUCAUGUGAAUAAAGUUAACUCAACCGCAAAA